AAGGGGUGUUGUAAUGGAACUGGAAAUAUUUGAAAUUAGAUGUCUUGUAAAAAUCCAAACGCCCCAAAAAAGUCCACUGGACUUGGUUCAGCCCUAGGGGUUACAGGAAGUUGUAGCUACCAUGUUUAGCUGCUUUGUUGUAGAUUCCUUGUAGGUUUCCUGCAGAUUUUAGCCUAAGUGUUGCAAUGGAACCGAGCUGGAGUACGUUUUUAUUCCAACAGGCCAAUGAGGCUCUGCAUCACCAGCACCAAGUAGCCGGAAACAGCCUCUUGCCUUUGCUCAGUUCUGGAACGGAGCCGCCUGAUCAGAAACCGGUGCUGCCCAUUCCCUUGGACCAGAAACCCCCUGUCAGUGCUGCAGAACUUCUUAAAGACAAUGUGGCUAGUGGGACUGGGGGAGGAGGAUGUGGAGGGCCUCAAGUUGCCGUGGUCAAAAAGGAGCCCAAAUCAAAGACCCCCUUUAUCUGUGGCUACUGCAACAAGGCUUUCCGGGACAGCUACCACCUCCGGCGGCACGAGUCUUGCCAUACUGGCAUUAAGAUGGUUUCGCGGCCCAAGAAGACACAAACAGCCCCCACCAUGGUGCCACUCAUAUCCACUGUACCACGUGAGAAUAGCGGAAAUCCUUCAUACAUUACUACAGUAGCUGGUAUCCUGACUACAGCCACAACGUCAACAUCCACAGGUACCAGCAUCAUGACCCCAAUGCAACACCAACAGCAGCAGAGCAUCCCUAAGAAGCCACCCAAACCAGUGAAAAAGAAUCAUGGUUGUGACAUGUGUGGUAAGGCCUUCCGAGAUGUGUACCACCUCAACCGCCACAAGCUGUCGCACUCUGAUGAGAAGCCGUUUGAGUGUCCCAUCUGCCAGCAGAGGUUCAAGAGGAAGGAUCGCAUGACAUACCAUGUCCGCUCCCAUGAUGGUGGAGUUCACAAGCCUUACAUUUGCUCUGUCUGUGGCAAGGGCUUCUCCAGACCUGAUCACCUAAGCUGUCAUGUCAAGCAUGUCCAUUCCUCAGAGAGACCAUUUAAGUGCCAAGUAACGGCCUGUACCUCCGCCUUCGCUACCAAAGACCGUCUGCGCUCCCACAUGAUCAGGCAUGAAGGCAAAGUGACCUGCAACAUCUGUGGCAAAAUGCUAAGCGCUGCCUACAUCACAAGUCAUCUCAAGACGCAUGGCCAGGCCAGCUUCAGCAACCCAUGUAACAAAGGCAUAAGUGACUGGCAGUGGAACCACUCAGGGCCACGAAAAGGUGAGUUGACGGUAGGAGAGAUUUUAAAUAACUCCUUCCAAGUCCUAAUUGACAACUCUCACAAAGAUGCCAACAAUGUGCACAACAACUCGGCCACUACGACGCCUGUCACAAACUCUGCAGCCAUCACCUCGUCUGUGAACCGCGGUGGCAUUGCCAGCAAUCCUGUCACCAUCGCUGCUCAGAUGAACAUCGCCACCAGCACGGUCAAUAUCACGUCACCGGUCAACCUGCAGCACCCUGUCACCAUCACUGGCCCUGUGAACCUGGCCUCCGUCAAUAUCCCUACAACGGCACACAUGAAUAUCGCCCACCCAGUGGCUAUCACCACUCCCAUGCCCAUGAAUAUCACUGGGCCACUCAAUAUUGCCAUGAGGUCCAUGGAGAGCAUGCCUUUUCUAUCCCAAGUUCUGCCUUCCUCCCCUCCUUGGUAGAACUUUUUUUUUUAGCCUAUUUAAGAGCCGGUAAUGUUUUAACUGCCUAAUAAUGGAUGAGUCUGUCAUAUCUUAGUAAAAUGGCCUUUUGAUGGGUUGAUAGUGUAUUAAACCUGAAAAGGUGAUAACUUAUUCAACCACAUAGAUAGUAACCAAUAAAUGCUACUUGCAGGAGUGAUAAAUACCACGUAAUUUGUUAAUUUUUAAGUGUAUUUGUAUUUAUAGAAGAAAAAAUAUUUCAAAUACCAUUAGUCAUGAUAAAAAAUAAUUGUUUGCUAAAGUCACCCAUUGCAGAGUAUUAGCCUAAAUAGCAUGUGAGAUAAAGUUUGUUGCCCUCCACAGGAGAAUUUGUCAGAUGAAUUAUCUAUUUUAGGGAUGGGCAACAUGGAUACACUCG